AUGAACCGCCGGACAAGGAAGGCGGCUUACCAACUGGCCGUCUUCAUCAUCAUCCUCACCCUCCUCAUCUACGUCAACCAACCCCCCAGCUCAACACGAACCUUCGCCUGGUCCACCGUCCGCUACCGCACAACCGCCCGUUCCCUCCCCGCCGCCCACGGCGUCUGCCCCGGCCUCGCAAAAUCCAAGAAACCAGCCCUCGUCGUCUCGCACGUCCAAUCCGACGGCGACACAUCAUGGCUCACAGACUCCGACCUCGCGAAAAAAUACCACCUCUGCAUCUACGACGUUGACGGCUCCUCCCCCUCCUCUUCCUCCUCCGUCCUCCGCACCCCCUCCAACCGCGCCCACGAAGCAAUGGCCUACCUCACCUUCCUAAUCGACAACUACGACGCCAUCCCCGCCCCCGGCGCGGUCUUCAUCCACGGCAACCGCUGGUCCUGGCACAACGACGCCCCGGACUACGACAACGCCUACCUCCUCGCCGAACUCAAUGUCGAACGAGCCCUCGAGCCCGCCGGAUACCAUAACCUCCGCUGCGACUGGAGCGUCUCUACAUGUUUGCCUGAUAUGCCGCCCCAGGGGUCCAUGCAGAUGGCCCUGCAGAGCAAGAUCGACCCGUGGGAUGCGCGCGCUGCGUCGGAUGCGGCGCUCCCGGGGGCGCUGGCUGCCAUCUUUGGGCGUAGGGAUCCGGCGGAGUUGGUCAUGCUGAGUCGCCAUGAGGCGGUGAGGGCCCAGUGCUGUGCGCAGUUUGUUGUUUCGAAAGAGAGGAUACGCAGUCAUAGCCGUGAGGAGUAUGUUGCGCUGAGGCAGUGGUUGCUGGAUGGGGCGGAUGCGGGUACCGGUGCGGCACUGAAUUCGGGUUCGGGCUCGAGGGUUGUGCGUGGUCAUGGGCUUGCGCCGAAGGAUGAUCGUGUUGCUGGGAGGAUUAUCAGUUAUAUCUGGCAUAUAUUGUUCCUGGAUGUUACGGGUGCUGCUGGGAGGUGGGGUGGGAGUGGCGGUGAGGGUUCGGCGGGAAUGGAGCUUGAUGUUCUCAAUCGCGCUGCUUGUCCGAGUGCGCAGGACUGCUACUGUCGGCUUUAUGGCCGGUGUGAUCUGCAGUGCAGGUCGCCUGGGAGCUGCGUUGGCCAAUAUAGUAUACCGCCGGGCUAUCAGGUUCCGGGGCAUGGGCCGAAGGAUGAAGCUUGA